CACCAGCAAGACCACCCAGCAGCAACAACAACAACGACGACGACGACAAGAUUGAAAGAUGGCCAGCUUAGCAAAUCAAGUUAUCCUUCAUCCUUUUAUCACUUCAUCACUCAAAGUAGGAUCAACAUCUGUUGGUAGAGAUAAGUUAUAUAGGACUAUACAAUACUUCUCAAGGUUUUUGGUUUGGUUUUUACAAUCCAAUGGAUACGAUAAACUUACCAUCACUAGGUUCAAUAACCUCAAGUCGGCACUUGGAGUAUCACGUAAACUCUUCCGACUCGGAAAACCUUUAGAGCAUCUACAAGCUGCUUUGAAAGCUACCAAGACGAGUUCAGAUCCUGUUGUUUCAACUCUAGCGAUCGGUAGACAACUGUCUUAUUCGAUGUAUCUCUUCAAUGAUAUGCUCAUCUGGGCCGACAAGAUUAAAUUCAUCUUUUUGGAUAAAACCACAUUGGCGACUGUCAAUCAAAGAGCUGCUAGGUUUUGGAUGGCAGGGAUCGCAAUGAAUUUGGUUUCUUCAAUUUUACAAUUGUAUCAAAUUAGGAAAAAAGUUUUGAGUUUGAAACGUGAUAAGUAUCAUAAUCGAAAUGAAGAAGAAAAAGAAGAUCAUAAGAAAUAUCAAAUCAAAUCUUAUCUCAAACAAUCUACUGGUCUUCGAUUGCAAUUAAUUCAAGACAGUUGUGAUAUUUUAUCUCCUACCUCUACUUUGGGAUAUCAUUCUCUCAAUGAUGGUGUCAUUGGAGCCGCAGGUGUUGUAUCCUCUAUUCUUGGUCUUCGAUCUCAAAUCAACAAAGUCUUAACUAACAGCUCCGCAAAGUGAAAAACUGGAUCAGAUCUACCUAGCAAAGACAUCAAAAUCCAUCAAUAAGAUGGUAUGUUUAUCUAUCUCCUUUGCUUGAGAGCCAGAGAAUCACGUCUGAAAGCUUUAUCUUGAUGUCAAAGGCAAGACAUCUGUAGUCAUAGCGUUUUUUUGUUUGUAAACUCGUUUUCUUUGUCUUCCUGUAUGAGCGGUGGCCAUGAAGGAAAGGCGAGGGCAAUAUAUGAAGCAUCUUGAUCAUGUU